UGCAGCAGCAACGUCUCCACGAUCGGUCUGUUUCGUACAGUCGGCUCCGAGGUGACCAGGCACGGAGACUCGGCUUCUGGCUUUUCAAAGAGGCCGCUAUCUCCAACAACAUCCAUUUGCCAGCCGGCCAUGUCCAAGGAAAGCACGAUCCCGGCUAGAGGAGCGGCUGCUUUGGACUGUCAUAGACUGAGCCAAGACUGCAUGGACAUGGACCGUAUGAAAGCCAGCAAGGUGCAAGAGCCGAUCUACCAGCCGGCAAAGAAAAUGCGAAGCAGCUAGACAGGAAGGCAUUCGGUUUGUAUAUAAACUUAGUUGUCGGACACGUGGACUCGCGGUUGUGCAUCAGAGUAGCCCUAAUUGUUCUGUCUUUCUUUCGUUGUUUUUUUCUCCUUCCUUCUCUCUGGUAAAGCGCUGCGAAAGCAGAGGGUGCUGGGAAACAAAAAUGCGGCCAGUUUUUCGAUUGACAGCGCCUUGAAACUACAUGAGAGUGACGGAUUUGAAUGGCGUAUAUGCUGGAAACGCGUUCUGAGGCAUGCUAUGGGCAAGCGUCUUUAUCAACACUGGAAGGGACGAAAUAAGUUUCUUUUUGGCGGAAGGCUUGUGCUUGGCCCGGAUGCAAAGGCUGUAGCUAUUACCGUCGUUUUGAUUGUUGUCCCAUCCAUCGUUUUCUUCUCCUGCGUUGCAAGGUACCUUUUUGACGACUUUCCACACCGCAGUGGAGUGGCAAUUCUGGUUAUAGCAGUCUUAUACCUUGCAUGUGUGUUGACGUUCUUACUGCUCACCUCUAGUACAGACCCGGGCAUUAUACCUCGUAAUCGCCAUCCACCCGAAGUUGAGGACAGACCUCUGGAUUUUGUAUCUGGACAAAGCGGGAGAGUGCGGCUCCCACGAACCAAAGAUGUCGUUGUAAACGGCAUUGCGGUCCGGACCAAGUACUGUGACACUUGUAUGCUCUACAGGCCUCCUCGCUGCUCUCACUGCUCGGUGUGCAACAAUUGCGUGGAGCGUUUUGAUCACCACUGUCCAUGGGUUGGACAAUGCAUUGGCCAAAGGAACUACCGUUUCUUCUUUAUGUUCGUGUCGUCGGCAACGCUCUUGUGCGUCUAUGUGUUUGCGAUGUGCACCGUCUACAUCAAGUCCGUGAUGGACGACCGCCAGUGCAGCGUGUGGACAGCCAUGGCAAAGUCACCGGCGUCCAUCCUCUUGAUGGUCUACUCCUUCAUAUGCGUAUGGUUUGUUGGAGGGCUUACUUUCUUCCAUCUCUACCUCAUCAGCACGAACCAGACCACCUACGAGAACUUCCGCUACCGCUACGAGAACAAGCUGAAUCCGUACAACCUGGGCAUGGCGAGCAACCUGCGCGACGUCUUCUGCGCGGCGAUCCCGCCCUCCAAGAACAACUUCCGAGCAUAUGUUGACGACGAGGAGGACUCCCGGGACGAGGAAGCGCGCAGCCGGCACAGCGACUCCGGGGGCACCAAGACCACCACACUCCCCAGCGAGGAGGAGGAUCAAGAGCUCCACACUUGCGGGAACAGCAACGCGGACGAGAUCCUGGAGGACGGAACCGAGUACGACUAUGGCGGCGAGCAGUCCAGCCCCGUCAACUCCUCGUCCAGGCGCUCCAGUUGGGACCACAAGAGCGUCGGCGAUCAUAGCAUCUGGUAGAGCUCAUUGCUCGCUCGAGAAGAGUUAAUUUUCUUCUGCGAAUAUUCUCUAACCGUAUCCCAGUUAGCCAUAAAAGUAAGAGCUCUAACAA